UCUACGGCUUAGGGAUGAGUUUAGACAAAUAUGGUGACCUUGAUACCACUUGCUCUUUCAAACGUGAGAGAAUAGCAGAUGUUGCGUGAGUACCUGAUUCACUAUAUUUCUGCUAUAUUUUAUGUCUUCUACACAAGACAAUGCACACUCUGAUGACUCAGUGGACGCUUGCCAAUGAUCACUAGCGUACUCCACAAGAUAAGAUCAGUUUCGUAACCGAAGCGCCGCCUGCAGUUUGCAGGCUUUGCCGUGUGUAUUUUCCAAGGCUAGCAUCUCACGGCUGUAUAAAAGCAAGCUGCAAUGGAGCUCAGGUAUCCACUCGAUCAAAGUCCUGCAGUGAGAUACAAACUCCUAACCAAAACCCACAAUGAACUCCUAUUUUGUGGUUGUCCUCGUCGCUGCCCUGGUGGCCGUUGUCUCGGCUGCCGGAGGGUUCAGGCCAAUCAGCUACGGUGGUGGACAGUUCAACAGGGGUGGAUUCAGCAACGUUGGACGCCUGAACAGCGGCUUCGGCGGCGGCGUCAGCAACUUCGGCAGCGGCUACGGCAGGGGCGGCAACAGGUUCAUCGGCGGCGGACAGCGGCUCAACAGCGGCUUCAACAAGUUCAACUCUGGCUUCAACUCUGGCUUCAACUCCGGCUACGGCGGAGGUCGUCUGCACGGCUCUGGCAUUGGCGGCGGCUCCUUCAACCGGUUCCGCAGCGGCGGCGGCUACUUCUAGAAGGGGACGGAGUCGAAUUAGUACCUGAUGGAGACACUUUCAUCCGUCUCGCCAAGAUCUUAAACAACCGUGUCACACACGAUGCCUGAUGAUUGUCGUCUGUAUCUCAGUGAGUGACCAAUAAGUGACCAAUCACACACAGACUUACCAUCAUGAAUGUUUGAGUGUGGUAAUGUGUGUAGCUAUUGCUUUGAACCAUGCAAGUACAUUGUGUGGCAUGUCCAUGUCUUAAGUACAGUAUCCAAUGAAGCUUACUGUCAAUGCACAGUACACACUGAUGCUGAUUUGUCUGUGAAUGUCAUCUUAUCAAUAAACACAAAUAUUCUUA